UGGGAUAUGUUAAUCAGAUGCAAGCUCUUUAUCAGCAACCUUCUUUACGCAAAAAGCUUCAGAUCAGUUUAGUUCGAUUGGAUGUUAUGAAGAAACAACCAAGUGAUCUUCCGCAUAAAGAUGGAGAGAGAGAUCAGUUACUAGAUUCCUUUUGUAAUUAUCAAGCUAAAAAGAAUCCAGAUUCCGAUAAUGAUCCAAAUCAUUGGGACUUAGCUCUUUAUGUAUCUGGGUUAAAUUUUUUCUCAAUGGAAAAAGGGAAAAAGAAUGGCAUAACAAUGG